AUGCACAAAAAAGAUGUCACAAUACAUUUAUUCAUUCGAGAGAAUUCGAUCAAAAGGUACUACAACGCAAGAAAGAAAAAGGCUGGAACAAGAAAUAAGAUAAUUUAUCUGGUUCCUCUCUGCUUGGCGGCGGCGACCAUCUCGUCUUGGAGGGUCUCCAUGAUCUCGAGUCUUUGGUGGGUAACACCAGAUGGGUCGAAGACCAAAGUUGGCUUCUUCCAGUAG